CGGGUCUUGAAUAUUUGGGAUAGGAAAGCUAAAGGGUUCAUGUCGGUGGAAAUUGGGGAACAUAAAUUCAGCAAUUACAGUACAUAUAUAUAUUUUAUGAAUUUGUAUGUAUUCAGCAAUUUCAUCGUCGAUCUUUAACAUAAAAGUUGCCUUUUAUAUAUGUUCAGAAGGCAAGAUCUUUCAUUCAACUCAACUCCCAUCAUCAUCAACAGUUAGACUCUAUCUUCAAGAUCGACAAAGAUUUUCUUGAUUUGAUGGGUUUUCUCGUGUUUAUUAUUUGAAGUUUACUAUUGACUUGACUAGAACUGGGUCUGAUCUUGACCAUAUAUGAAUCAGGAGUUGAAUCGAGUUGACUGCAUUGGAAGAUUUUCAAUUCAAGAUUAGAUAACAGGUUAGAAAAUGGGCUGUGAGUAUUCAAAACUCACUGCUUGUUGCUCUGUUUCUAAAAGUAAGGGAAAAAGUAAAGAGACUAGCAGUUUUGACAAUGAGAAAAAGAGUGAAACGGAUGGUUUGAUUCCGUUUCGCGAAUACACAAUUGAACAACUCAGGAUAGCCACGUCUGGAUUUGCUGUAGAGAACAUUGUUUCGGAACAUGGGGAAAAGGCUCCUAAUGUAGUUUACAGGGGAAAACUCGAGAACCAAACUCAAAUUGCAAUCAAGCGUUUCAACAGGAUUGCUUGGCCAGAUACUCGACAAUUCUUGGAAGAGGCGAAAACAGUUGGUCAACUCAGGCACCAUAGAUUGGCAAACCUUCUUGGUUGUUGUUGUGAAGGCAAUGAGAGAUUACUCGUAGCAGAAUUCAUGCCAAAUGAAACACUUGCAAAACACCUGUUUCAUUGGGAAUCGCAGCCCAUGAAGUGGGCAAUGCGUUUAAGGGUAGCGUUAUAUCUUUCACAAGCUCUUGAAUACUGUACCAGCAAAGGCCGGGCACUUUACCAUGAUCUUAAUGCUUAUAGGGUAGUCUUUGAUAAUGAUGCGAAUCCUAGAUUGUCUUGCUUUGGCCUAAUGAAAAACAGUCGAGAUGGAAAAAGUUACAGCACAAAUUUAGCAUUCACACCCCCAGAAUACCUCAGAACAGGAAGAGUAACAGCAGAGAGUGUGAUAUAUAGCUUUGGUACUCUUCUGCUUGAUCUUCUCAGUGGAAAACAUAUUCCUCCAAGCCAUGCCCUUGACCUUAUCCGGGACAGGAACAUACAAAUGCUGAUGGAUUCUUGUUUGGAAGGCCAGUUAUCUAACGACGAAGGUACUGAGUUGGUACGUUUGGCUACAAGAUGUCUCCAAUAUGAGCCAAGAGAACGUCCAAAUCCAAAAUCACUCGUUACUGCUUUGAUUCCUCUUCAGAAGGAGACUCAGGUUCCUUCUCACGAGUUAAUGGGUAUACCACAUGGCUCGAAAGCUUUAACUUUAUCGCCACUAGGUGAAGCUUGUAUGAGAAUGGACUUAACCGUGAUACAUGAGAUAUUAGAAAAGCUGGGAUAUAAAGACGAUGAGGGUGCAGCAACUGAGCUUUCGUUUCAGAUGUGGACUGUUGAUAUGCAAGAUACUUUGAAUUCUAAGAAAAAGGGUGAUUCUUCAUUUCGUCACAAAGAUUUCAUAACCUCGAUAGAAAGUUACACGCAGUUUAUUGACGUUGGAUCGAUGAUUUCACCUACAAUCUAUGCUCGACGAAGCUUAUCGUACCUAAUGAGUGACAUGCCUCAGGAAGCACUUAAUGAUGCGGUUCAAGCGCAAGUAAUAUCGCCUGUUUGGCAUAUUGCAUCUUAUUUACAAGCGGCUAGUUUUUUUGCUUUGAGAAGGGAGAAUGAGGCUCAAUUGGCAUUGAAAGAGGGAUCCAUACUUGAAGAGAAGAGGAUGAUAGCUUAAUUAGCUGGUUUAUGAAUUAUGAUCAUAUAUAUAUAUAUAUUCAUAUAUUAUAAUAUAACUAUUAUAAAGGAGAAGGAACUUACAUUUUACUCUAACCCCCUUUCACUUAUUUCUCACCAAAUUGAUAUGUUGAAUCAAUUCUUUCUCAAAAUUGUAAUGGAUUUUCUUUGCUAUUUAUGGAAAUAAUUUUCAGUU